AUGUUUUUGUCGCAUAGCCUUAAGGCUGAGCGUAUGCGUGAGAGAGUAAGAAUACUGCAUCUGGAUUCCGUGUCUAUUUCCCAUUCUGUUGUGCAAAACAAAUCACUCCAUACCUUGCUUUCUUUCUCAGCCUCGAAUUUAGAUUCUCCAAAUUCAGUGCUCAUGCAUACCUUGUUAGGAUGCAUGUGCAGCUAUAAUAAUCCACACCUUGUGCCUGCUGCAUUGGGAUUUGGAGAGCUCCCUCUUACAAAGAGGGAUGUAUCAGAGACAAAAUGGUCAAACGCCUCUCCCUAUUUGGGCUCGUCUGUCUUCUCCUUCAUAACAUUCCCACAUUCUAGCUCUAUCUCGCCUACCUUGCAGCCUCGUGCUCUGAAAUCCUUCUAUCCCAAAAAUAUUCAGGCUGCAAAGAGCUGUCCAUACGAACUUGUUAUAAAGACCAGUUGCUCCUCUACAACUUACACCAGAGACAAAAUCAGCGUAGCUUUUGGUGAUUCUUAUGGCAAUGAGGUCUAUAUCAAGAGACUUGACGAUCCAUCUUCAGGAACAUUUGAGAGGUGUUCAACAGAUUCAUUCCAGAUAAAUGGACCGUGUGUGGAUUAUGUUUGCUAUCUAUACAUGCUGAGUACAGGAUCUGAUGGCUGGAAACCUGAGAGUGUGAAGAUUUACGAUACAUAUACCAAGACUGUGACAUUCAACAACAACAAAUUCCUUCCAAAUGGGGUGUGGUAUGGGUUUAAUGUCUGUGGUCGAGCAUCUGAGUCAGCAAUUAUGUAGUUGACAAUGUGAUCAUGUUGAUGAUUGUUGUUGUGCUUUGUUAAACACAUUAUGGUAAAUCAUUAACAAUGGACUCCGCAUAUACUGAGGAUUUGCCGGCCUA